CAGUUGGUAGUUUAGGGUAAUUUCCGGUUCCAAAUUGUCUCUUGCAUUUAACGUUGUUUACUAUGUAUUGACGUGGGAAAAUAACAUGUUUUUUUUUGUAUGAUUGGUUAAAUGUGAGUCUUCUGUACAAAUUGUUAUGCCCAGAACAUUAAUCCCGGAACAAAUAUUUUUUGCACUUGCAUCAGCACGACUGAAAAAUGGCGUUGCACACGUUUACAACGUGACCUUUCGACAUUUUUUUCGAUGAGCACGGAUGUAAAAUUGAAUUCAGACUGACACAAAUGUAAGACAUUCAAUGGAAUAUUACCACGAUUACAUGACCCAUUCUGUCCUUGUUGAGAGUGGACCUUAAUUGCAGUUUGUAUAAUUUUUUUGGAACAUAAACACAGUCGCUUUCUAUCUUGUCUGCACGUCGAACGGUAUUUCCUCCUCUCCUGAUGGACAGUUCUGGAACUUUAAAUGUAACGACGUGAGUGUCAACAUCUUGACUCCAUAUUCAUGUAUCAUCAAACCAUUGAAAUGAUGAGGUUUCUCACACCACCGCUUUUGAACGAGCUGCGUCGGCGUCUCCCGCUGGUAUCCACUGUCGCAAAUAAACAGCUACCACUCACCUGCCUUCUCCCACCCCACCACCACUUUGCACCCCUAAAACGGCCUCUCUAUACUGGGGCCACACUAAGAAAAGAUGUACCCCUCCCUCAGUCUAAAGAAGAUCAGACUGAAGAGAAACUGGACCUGGACAUAUGGAAGUCUGUGAUGAGGUUUCAGGUCCCAGCGGGAGGAGGAGAAACAGGGAGGUGGUGGUGCUGCUCCUUCAGGACCAGGAGGAGGUGUAGCAGGGCAGGAGGAGGUCUCCCACUGGAGGCCACCAGAGAGCUGGUAGUGAUGUGGCGUCAGGCUGGGAAGCUGGUGCCAGAGAUCAUGACUGACGAGGAGCUGGGGAUCCUGGCCGAGUUCCAAACCAAGUCCUCCAAGAAGAAGUACCUGAAAUACCUGGCCAUCAAGGAGGGCCACAAGAACAACCACAAGCAGAAACAGGAGAAGAAGAAGGCAGAGAGGAGCGAGAGGUUUCUGGAGGACGAUAGGAUCAGGCCUGGCGGUGUGAGAGGAGAGGAGGGGGAACCGAGGAACACUUUCCUUCUCCAGUUCUGGGGUCGUUCCCUGGACAAGCUGCUGGGGUGGAGGUCGGCCCAGGCCAUGGUGUACGGCCAGCCGUUGGUGUUCGAUAUGUCCUACGAACAGCAGAUGGCGCGUCGGGAGGUGGAGAACACUGUGUCCCAGCUGAUGGAGGUGGAGGGGAACCGCCGAGCCCCGGACCCCUUCCACCUACACUUCUGUAACUUGCAGCCGGACGGUUACCACAGGGAGCUGGUUAAACGCUACGGCGCCGAGGCCUGGGAGCGCCUCCUCAUCACCUCCACAGAGCGACGUCACGUGGACCUGUUCCGGGACGACCUGGUCUACCUGACGGCUGACUCCCCCAACGUCCUGCGUACCUUCGACAACUCUAAGGUCUACAUCGUGGGCUCCAUGGUGGACCGCUCCAUCCAAUCAGGGCUCUCCCUGGCCAACGCCAAGCGUCUGAAGCUGAAUACGGCCCGUCUGCCGCUUGAUGACUUCCUCCAAUGGGAGACGGGGGCCAAGAACCUGACCCUGGAUCAGAUGAUACGCAUCUUGCUGACACUGAAGGAGAGCGGGAGGUGGGAGGAGGCGCUGGAGCACGUACAGAGGAAACAUGAUGGAUUCUACCAGGAGAAACCCCAGCAGGACAGAGACAGAGGCUCAGAUAAGGACAGGAGGUUUAGUGGGCAGAACCAGAGGGUUCAGGGCUGGGGACACAGGGACACAGGGUUCAGGGCUGGAGACAGGGCUGGGGACACAGGUUUCACCCUGUUGUGUUAA